CUCUCUAUAAGAUCAGGACAAAUCAUUUCCUGAAAGACAAACAAAAAAAGAAAACAGAGGAAAAUGGUUCCAUAUACAUCCAUUAUUCCAGUGUUUCUAAUCGUCCUUUUAUUUCCUCCGUCUAUAGUUUCCCUUCCGAUUCAGGGUAGAUUUCUGAAAUGUCUCUCGAUAAAUUCGGAAUCUUCCUUUCCUUUCUCCAGUAUCCUGUACACUCCAAAAAACUCUUCAUUCACUGAUGUCUUACUAUCUACUGCUCAAAAUCUCAGGUUCGCAUUGCCUUCAGUACCGCAACCUAAGUUUAUUUUCACACCAUUGCAAGAAUCCCAUGUCCAAGCUGCUGUUAUUUGCUCAAAAGCGCUUGGAAUUCAAAUUAGGAUCCGCAGUGGAGGCCAUGACUUUGAAGGAAUCUCUUACACCUCUGUAAUUGACACACCUUUCAUUGUGGUGGACCUGGCCAACCUUCGUUCCAUUAGCGUUGACAUCAAGCAUAAGAGUGCGUGGGCUCAAGCAGGUGCUACAGUUGGUGAGCUUCACUUCAGAAUUUCAGAGAAAAGUAAAAAUCUUGCCUUCCCAGCUGGUGCUUGUCCCAGUGUAGGUCUUGGUGGGCACCUUUCAGGAGGUGGAUAUGGCCCAUUGUUUCGAAAAUAUGGCCUUUCUGCGGACAAUGUCAUCGAUGCUCAUAUAGUUGACGUUCAUGGAAGACUCCUUGACCGGAAAUCCAUGGGAGAAGAUCUUUUUUGGGCAAUCAGAGGAGGUGGAGGAGCCAGCUUUGGAAUAAUUACUGCCUGGAAAGUAAAACUGGUUCCAGUACCAUCAACUGUGACAGUUUUUAGGGUUCUCAAGUUCUUGGAUCAAGGUCUUACUAAGCUCCUCUAUAGAUGGCAACAAGUUGCUCAUAAAUUUGAUGAGGAUCUUUACUUAAUCGUCGGCAUACGACCGGGUAUUGCUAGUGCCACAGGUAAAAAAACUGUAAGAACCGUCUAUAGUGGUUUAUUUCUUGGUGAUACCAGCAGACUCCUCAAAGUGAUGGCAAAAAGUUUCCCUGAGUUGAAUGUAACAAGGAAGGAUUGUAUUGAAAUGGACUGGAUCAGUUCAGUUCUCUAUGAAGCUUUCUUCCCCGCAAAUUCAACUCCUGAAGUUUUACUUCAACGGAAGAAUUUGUUCCCAGUUUACACAAAAAGCAAGCCAGACUUCGCCAGAAAACUCAUAAAUGAAACCGCACUUGAAGGGUUAUGGGAUUUUUUCAUUCAAGAAGAUAAGCUUGCUACCUUAUUAGUUCCUUAUGGAGGAGUGAUGGAUAGAAUUUCAAAAUCUGAGACUCCUUUUCCUCAUAGAAAGGGUGUCUUGUUCAUGCUUGAGUAUGCGACCAGCUGGAAUGAUCCUUCGGAGAGUGCAACGCACAUUGAUUGGGCUAGGAAGGUUUAUGAGUACAUGACACCUUAUGUUUCCAAGAAUCCAAGGGAAGCAUACCUCAAUCACAGGGACCUAGAUUUGGGCAUGAACGAGAAGGUCAACACAAGUGUUGAAGAAGCAAGGGUUUGGGGUGCUAAGUACUUCAAGGGUAACUUCAACAGAUUGGUGAAGGUGAAGACCAGAGUUGAUCCUGACAACUUCUUCAGGAAUGAACAGAGUAUCCCACCUCGUCCUCGUUCUUAGAGAAAAUGAGACUGUAGAGGAAUUCUUGGCUUGAGAAAGAUUGUUUGGAUCUCUCCUAGGUGUUUUCAUUAGUUCUGUGUCCUAAAUUAACAUGAAUAAGAUAUCGAGUUCAUCAGUGAUAAAA